GACGGUAAUGAGACUGCGCAACAUCAUCAUGGGGAGUUAACGUUACGGAGUGACAGUCGAGCUGAUACUAAUGUCCGUUUUUAUAUUUUGUGAAUUCUCGGUAUCCUAUGCGCCAUAGUGAGUCGUGUUGAAAGUAUUUGUUUUUGGGAGUCAUGCGGCGGAGUAAGGCUGAAGUGGACCGUUACGUUUCCUCAGUACAGAGUUCAUCUCCCUCACUCAAAGAGAAGCCAGUCAAAGGAUUUUUAUUUGCAAAACUGUACUUUGAAGCAAAGGAAUAUGAACUUGCAAAGAGACAUGUAUCGGAGUAUCUCAAAGUCCAGGAGAGGGAUCCAAAAGCACACAAAUUCCUUGGACAGCUCUUCGAGAGAGAGGGCGACAUCAACAAGGCAGUAGGAUGUUACAAGCGGUCAGUGGACUUGAACCCAGCCCAGAGGGACCUGGUGCUGAAGGUGGCUGAGUUACUGGUCAGUAAGCAGGAAUGUGACAGCAGAGCAGAGUUUUGGGUGGAGAAGGCUGCCAAGCUGCUGCCAGGAAGUCCUGCAGUCUUCAACCUGAAGGAGCGUUUGUUGAGUCGCCAGGGUCAGCCGGGUUGGAACCGGUUGUUUGACCUCCUUCAGGCCGAGUUGGCAGCGAGGCCAGCAGACGCCCACGUGAACGUGAAGCUGGUUCAGCUGUUUUGUCAGGACGGACGGCUGGAUGAAGCUGUAAAGCAUUGCCUGGCUGCCGAGAAAAGGGGCUUGCUGAGCCACAGCCUGGACUGGUACACAGUGGUGGUGCGCACACUGCAGGAGUAUCUAGCUCAGCCCAGUGUCUCCAGUAAUGAGAAGAUGUGUCGGCGUCUCCAGAGAGAGCUGCUGUUGGCCCACUGCAGCCUGCUGAGAAUCACACUGUCUGAGAGCAGCAUGCAACCCUGCUGUGAUGCACUCACAGGUUUUGACCAAGCUAUGCAGACACUGAGCAGCAUUGCUGGCCGCCACACAGACGAUCUUUGUGAGGUGUUUGUGGAGAUGAGAGGUCACCUCUACCUGCAUGCUGCUACACUGCUGUUGAAGCUGGCUCAGGAACGCCAGCAAAGCUGGAGAGCCAUCAUUGACCUGGCUGCACUGUGCUACCUGCUGGCAUACCAGGUCCCCAGACCAAAGCCUAAAGUGACCAAAAGAGACCAGGCAGCCCCGCAGCUUCUGGAGCUGCUGGCCAACGACCGACAGAGUCAGGCCGGUCACAUGUUGCUAAACCUGAGCACAGAUUCAUCCACCUUGAUCAGAGAGGUGGUGGAGGCGUUUGGAAACCCUCGUGGACAGGACUCUCUGUUUGAGCUCCUGUUUGGACCACAGGCCUCCACUGGAUCUUCCUUCAUUGCAAAUGAUGACAUUCGUUCCAUUAACACCAUGGCUCCAGAGCUCUCUCAACUCACCAAAUGGGACGCUGGCUCCAUCCUGCUGCAUGCUGGUGACUUGCAACAUCUAAGCUGGUUGGGGCUGCAGUGGACCCUUCUGGCCCAAAGGCCGGCCCUGCGGGACUGGCUACAGCAGCUCUUUCCUAGACUUACUCUGGAAACCUCCAAACUGGACACCAACGCACCAGAGUCCAUCUGCCUGCUCGACCUGGAGGUGUUUUUAUAUGGUGUGGUGUUCUGUAGCCAUUGUCAGCUCCAGGAGACAGCGAAGAUCAGCAGCGGCAUGAACCAGCAGCAACAACAGCAGCUUUUCGAGCCUCGCUGCCUUCCCCUUCCCCUGCUUCGCCUCUUGACCACUGACAGACAGAGGGAGUGGUGGGACGCCAUCUACAGCCUCAUUCACAAACAAGCAGCUCCUGGCAUGUCAGGCAAACUGCGGAUGAUUGUGCAGCACGGACUGAGCACUCUGAGGGCUGGAGAGAAACAUGGGCUCCAACCAGCACUGGCCAUCCACUGGGCACAGUGUCUCAGUCAGACGGGUGAUGGCGUGAACUCGUACUACGACCAGAAGGAGUACAUCGGCCGCAGUGUCCACUACUGGAAAGUUGCAGUUCCAAUGUUGGAACGGAUCAAAAACAGACGCAGCAUACCAGAACCACUUGACCCCCUCUUCAUACACUUUCCCUCCAAAGAUAUUCAGAUUUCUUCUGUAAAAGGCUAUGAAGAGGAAGCCAAGAUAGCAUAUGCGACACUCCUUGACAUUGAAGGCAAAACAGAGGAGGCCAUCGCUACCUUGGAAACAAUCAAUAACAUGUCAUCCAUCUGGCAUUUGGCACAGAUCUACCAGCGGCUAUCAGAGGAGGCAAGCAACGGGGUUGAGGAGACCCAAGACAGGUGCAUCACCUUUCUUAGAAAGUUUAGGACCUACCUGUCAAAGAUCUACAAUGCGAAUGCAGAUGAUAUUGAUAGGCUUCCUGUCUCCAUGGAGGAAGUCGUGGAUCUCCUGAAUGACGUGAACCAGCAGCUGGGCGAGAGUGGGGAGGCCAUGGAUGAAGAGGAGGAAAAGGAGGAGGAGAUUCGAAGAGGACCAGCCCACUCCAGCCCUGCUCAUCCCACAGAAACCUCUGCCUCCAUAUCCCACAUAAAGUUUUCCACUCCCUCUCCUAACAAAAGCAUCGUCUCUCCUUCAAAACGACACCUGAUUUCUCCCAAGACACCACCACAUUGGGUGGAGGACCAGAAAAGUCUCCUCCAGAUGCUGUGUCAGCAAGUUGAAGCCCUCAAGAAUGAGGUUCAUGAUCUGAGACACAACUCUUCAGGGAAUGCAGGCUCCCCUCAUCACAGGAUGUACGGGGAGAGCUAUGGGGCCGAGGGCCUACAGGAGACCUUUACUCCAGUGCAGUCCUACCAUGGGGCCCCACUAACAGUUGCCACUACAGCCCCCUCUGUGUACUACAACCAGUCUCCAGCUUAUAACUCUCAGUAUCUCCUGCGCACAGCAGCAAAUGUAACCCCCACUAAGGGUCCAAUGUAUAGUAUGAACCGUAUGCCACCUCAGCAGCACAUGUAUGCCUACCAGCAGCCCACUCAUACUCCUCCAUUGCAGACAGCCCCAGCCUGCAUUUACCCUCCUCAAGAGCAGGUCUUCGGUGCCCCUCUUCGAUUUGAAUCACAAGCCACGAGCCUUCUUUCCCCCUAUAGUGAAGAAUAUUACGGGCAGAGUGUAACCCAACAAACCACCAACCCUCCCCUGCCUGAACCUGGCUACUUCACCAAGCCAUCUGUAGUCCCUGUUCAGCCACCAAAGAGUAUUGAGGGGAAGCCUAUGGACUUUGGGAAGCUCUCCUUCAGCCAGCAGGCACCUGCUGAAGUCCCCAAAGUGCCUAGUUUUGGAGCAGGGGCAGUUGCCCAGUCAACGCCUUCAGCUGCUUUUAAAUUCAACUCCAACUUUAAAUCAAACGAUGGAGAUUUCACUUUUUCAGCUUCCCAGGCCAAACAUAGUGAAAGUCUUCUUGGUCUUCUUACAUCAGACAUUCCCACUAAAACAGAUACCAUCCCAGAGAAGCCUGCGGCCCAGGAGCAGCCCCCUGGCCAAACAGGCAUCUUCACCUUUGGCAAUAAAAAUGUUACUGGCUUCUCCUUUGCUGAUUCUGCACACAACACAGGCACUGGAAGUCUUUUUGGAAAUGUGGAGCAGCCAUUUAAAUUUGGGGAUGUGACCAAGCCAGUGUUUGGGGUUGGAACGUCUGCAGCAGAAGAGGAAAGAGCAGCAGAGAGCGACAAUGACAGCACUCAUGUUGAGGAGGAUGAAGAUGGUCCUCACUUUGAACCCAUUGUACCCCUUCCUGAUAAAGUAGAUGUGAGAACAGGUGAGGAGGAGGAGGAGGAAAUGUUUUGCAACAGGGCAAAGCUGUAUCGAUUUGACACAGACACAAAAGAGUGGAAGGAGCGAGGCAUUGGCAAUAUUAAAAUCUUAAAACACAGCAGUAAAGGAAAGGUCCGCCUCUUAAUGAGAAGGGAACAGGUUCUUAAGAUCUGUGCAAACCACUAUAUUAAUGCUGAUAUGCUACUGAAACCGAAUGCUGGCUCUGACAAAUCCUGGGUCUGGAAUGCCAUUGAUUAUGCAGAUGAAGAGCCCAAGCCUGAACAGCUGGCCAUCCGCUUCAAAACAGUAGACGAGGCAGCCCUUUUCAAAGCUAAGUUUGAGGAAGCCCAGAAAAUUGUGCUCAAAUCAAAUGAGAAGCCUGAUCAACAGGAGAAGAAAGAGGAAAGCAUAAAAGAUUCUGAAUCACUCGCAGCCCAGUUUGCGCUUAAAGAUGGAGAAUGGGACUGCACUGUGUGCUGUGUAAGAAAUAAACCCACAAAUAUGCAAUGUGCUGCUUGUCAAACUGCCAAUCCCAAUUCCUCAUCCAAGCCAGACAUUCAGGCUGUUGGAGAAACCAAAACCAGUCCCUUUACUUUCAAAUUCGGGAUUGAUUCAUCAAAACCCAGCAGUUCUGGCUCUACUUUCACUGGAUUUGGUGCUUUUGGAUCAUCUAUACCCUCCUCAUUUACAUUUGGCACAAGCACCUCAAAAUCUGCUGACACAGCCACCAGUGCAUUUGGUUCUGGCUUUGGGGCUCAGUUUGGCAAGAAACCUGGGCAGUGGGACUGUGAUGUAUGCCAAGUAAGAAAUGAGGCCUCUGCAGACAGUUGUGUUUGUUGUAAAGCUCUUAAAGCCUCACCUAAAACAACUGCAACAGCUCAACCGGCACCAGCUGCAGAUGUAACAGAUGCACCCUCUGUAUCUGCUGUUGGCUCUGGGUUUGGUGCCCAGUUUAGCAAGAAACCCGGGCAGUGGGAUUGUGGUGUAUGUGAAGUAAGAAAUGAAGCCUCUACUGACAAAUGUGUUUCCUGUGGAGCCCCCAACCCUGCUGCUAAAUCAACAAAGGAGGCUCCGGUAGCUUCAAAUCCACCAGCAGUGUCUGGAUUUGGGGCUGAGUUUGCAAAGAAGGAUGGGCAGUGGGACUGCAAUACCUGCCUGGUCAGAAAUGAUGCAUCAGCUGCUGAAUGUGUGUCCUGCAGUUCCCCAAAUCCCAAUCCCUCUUUAGAAGCCAUGUUUACCAAGAAAGAUGGGGAAUGGGAUUGUGACACUUGUCUGGUGAGAAACAGUGCCUCUGCCAAUAAGUGUGUGGCCUGUCAGACACCAAAUCCCAAUGCUAAAAGCACAAGCAGCACUGCUCCCUCAGCCUCCUCAUUCAGCUUUACAUUUGGAAGCAAGAGUUCAUCAAGCCAGCCUGCUGGAACUGGAUUUACAAUGCCUUUUGAAACUGGCAGCACUUUUACAUUUGGUCAAAAUAAAGACAAAAGCUCUGCUGCUUCUUUUAAGUUUGAAGCUCUUCAGUCUGGGUCUAGUUCUACAAGUUCUUCAGGCUUCUCUUUCUCAAUGCCCAUUCCAGCUGGUGGUUUCAAGUUUGGCAUUCAGGACUCUGCAAAAGAAACUUCCUCAACUGAUAAUGAAAUGCCUCCAUCAGGGUCAGCCUCCAGUUUCCUGAAAAGCAUAGCUGACAAACACAAGGAGAAAGAAAAUGUGUCUACACUCUCAAUGGGCCAAACAGAGCAAGAGCAAAAUCCAUUAAUUGCUGGAAAAAGUGAAUUUAGUUUUGCAGACUUGGCAAAGUCCACUGGAGGAGACUUCCAGUUUGGCCAGCAGGACCCCAAUUUCAAAGGUUUCUCUGGGGCUGGUGAGCAGGUGUUCUCAACCCCCACCAAGACAGAUGCCUCAAAUGAGCUAGAAGAUGACGACAUGUAUAAAACAGAGGAAAAUGAUGAUAUUCAGUUUGAACCAGUGGUUCAGAUGCCUGAUAAGGUGGACCUGGUGACAGGGGAGGAGGAUGAACAGGUUCUAUAUUCUCAGCGUGUCAAGCUGUUCAGAUUUGACUUGGACAGCAGUCAGUGGAAAGAACGUGGUGUAGGAAUCCUUAAAUUCCUGAAAAACAGCUCUAAUGGCAGACUAAGGGUACUGAUGAGAAGAGAGCAGGUUCUGAAGGUGUGUGCCAACCACUGGAUCACCACCACCAUGAAUCUAAAGCCCUUGGCAGGUUCCGACAAAGCAUGGAUUUGGAUGGCCAACGACUUCUCGGAUGGAGACGCUAAACUUGAACAGUUGGCUGCUAAGUUUAAAACCCCAGAGCUUGCUGAGGAGUUUAAGGAAAAGUUUGAGGAGUGUCAGAGACUUCUCUUGGACAUCCCCCUACAAACACCCCACAAACUUGUUGACUCAGGCAGAACGGCACGCCUCAUUCAGAAAGCAGAGGAAAUGAAGUCUGGUUUGAAAGACCUGAAAUCCUUUUUGACAGACGAGAAAACAAAGAUCAAAGAUGACGACAGCCAAGUAGACAUUACAACAUCUAGCAAUGUUUCAAACCUUGUAAUCAAGCCUCACGGUGAAACCACUGGCCCCACCUUGGAAUGGGAUAACUAUGAUCUAAGAGAAGAGGCUUUAGAUGAUACUGCUAACUCAUCAGUCUAUGCCUCUCCAAUGGCCAGCAGCCCCCUCAGAAAGAACCUUUUCCGCUUUGGAGAAUCCACUGGUGGAUUCAGCUUCAGCUUCCAACCUGGCAUCAGCCCCUCCAAGUCUCCUGCCAAGCUUAACCAGAGCAGAGCCUCAGUAGGUACUGAUGACGAGCAGGAUGUAACCCAGGAUGAGGAGAGGGAUGGCCAGUACUUUGAACCUGUGGUCCCCUUGCCCGAUCUGGUGGAGGUUUCUACAGGAGAGGAAAACGAACAGGUGGUCUUCAGUCACAGGGCCAAACUGUAUCGCUACGAUAAGGAACUUGGUCAGUGGAAGGAGAGGGGUAUCGGAGACCUCAAAAUCUUGCAGAAUUAUGAGACCAAACGAGUGAGGCUGAUAAUGAGGAGAGACCAAGUACUUAAGAUCUGUGCCAACCACAGGAUAACACCGACCAUGAAGCUAGAACCUAUGAAGGGUGCGGAGAAGGCCUGGGUCUGGAGUGCCUUGGACUUCUCUGAAGCACUAGAGGGUAAAAUGGAGCAGUUGGCUGUGAGAUUCAAGCUGCAGGACACUGCAAACACAUUUAAACAGGUAUUUGAUGAGGCCAAGAUUGCCCAAGAUAAAGAGGAACUCAUGACACCAGUGACAUCCAGGGUUACCACACCUCAAGACAGUGGACCCAAGGCAUCUGCUCAGCCUGCUACACCUGUGUGCGGGAAGGCAGCCAUUGCUGUUCUGGAAGAGACCACGAAGGAACGUACAGAGCUUCCCCCGGACAGUAAGCCAUGUGCAGCUCGGUCCCCAAGUCCAGUUAACCCCUCAAAGACAGUGGUGUCACCCCCUAAGUUUGUCUUUGGCAGUCAAAGUCUGCAAAAGUUUUUUGGCUCUCCUAAAUUUAAUUCUGAGACUGAGGAAUCUGGAUCCAGUUUGAAAGCCAAAGAUUCUGGACGUCCUGCCAAGGAUUCACCUGCAGCACCUGCAUUCAAAAUCCCAGAAAAAGGGCUGGAUUUUAGGCUUUUCAAAGAUAACCCAAUGGCUUUUUGGACCAGCACAUCAACCACCCAAUUUGAACCCCCAGGGACACCUCAGGCAGAAGGAGGCGCUGCAGGGUCAGGUGAGGACUCGGAUGUGGAGGUUUUGUAUGUCAGGGAACCCACUGCUGAGCAGGCAGCUUUAGCCAGGAAACUCCUGCUGCCUCUCACCUUCUUCUGCUACAAGAAUGAACCCGGCUACACCAGUGACGACGAAACUGACGAUGAGGACUUUGAGUCAGCAGUAAAAGCCCUGAAUGGAAAGCUCUAUCCUGAUCCUCCUGAGAAAAAGGCUGCAGCAUGUGGUGAUGAGUCAGACUGCCAGGUGGUGUGGGAGAAAAAGCCGACGCCGGAAGAAGAGGAGAAGGCCAAAAGUCUCCAGCUUCCACCCACCUUUUUCUGUGGCCUGAGCACCACAGACAGCGACCCAGACCAGGACAAGCCUGAAGACUUUGAGACAGAAGUCCGCAAGGCACAGCAAGACCUGGGUGCCCAGCUUAACGAAGCUGAAAAGGCCUCCAGCAGCCCUGCUGUGGCCGCAGAAGAACCAGCAUCAGGCUCUUCAUCCAGCAGCACCGAAGUUACAGGCAGUCCAGAUACCGCAGCCAGCACAACAGACGCUCCAAGCAGCACAGACACCGCAGCCAGCACAGACGCUCCAAGCAGUAUAGAUACUGCUGCCAGCACAGCCGCUGUAGACAUCACAGAUACUGUAGCCAGCACAGACGCUGUAGGCAUCACAGAUACUGCAGCCAGCACAUCUAUAGCAGAGGAGCAGACUUCAGACCAGCCAACAGAGACUGAGAGUGAAGCUCCUAGCAGCAGCUCUCCCAUUGACCUGUCAACUAAGAAGAGCCCAGAGCCAGAGUCCAACACGGGGACUGCCGCUGCAACCUCUACUUCUACAACAGCCAGUCAAGACUCCUCCAGCUUUGGCUUCGACUCGCUUGGAGGCUUCUCUUUUGCUGAUCUGGCCCGAAACACAGAGUCAUUUGCAUUUGGAACUCAAGACUCCAACUUCUCGUGGGCGAACGCUGGAGCGACAGUAUUUGGCACCGCAGCGACCUCAGCACCAAAAAACAAUGCUGAUGAGGAUGGCAGUGAUGAAGAGGAUGCUACUAAUAAUGUGGACAUUCACUUUGAGCCAAUAGUGUCACUACCAGAGGUGGAGACAAAGUCUGGAGAGGAGGAUGAGGAAAUCCUGUUUAAGGAGCGCGCCAAGCUGUACCGAUGGGACCGGGAUCUCAGCCAGUGGAAGGAGCGUGGCAUUGGUGACCUCAAGAUCCUCUUCCACCCAACCAAACAUUUCUACCGAAUCCUGAUGAGAAGAGAGCAGGUGCUGAGAGUUUGUGCCAACCACACAAUCACACAGGCAAUGGAGCUCAAACCCAUGAAUGCCUCAGCGAAUGCACUGCUCUGGACUGCCACAGACUACUCAGACGGCGACGGUGUAGUGGAGCAGCUGGCAGCCAAGUUCAAAACCCCUGAAAUAGCUGAAUCCUUCAAGAAGACCUUCACUGAGUGUCAGAGCCGCACAGGCCAAACUGAAGGAGACGCCUCGAGUGUCUCCUCGCCCCAGAUGUCCAGAGUUCAAGAACACUCCAGAGACACUAACCCCCGGGUGUUCCUCAAAGUGGCAGGUGACGGCCAACCACUGGGCACCAUCACCAUCGAGCUUUUUUCCCAUAUUGUCCCCAAGACAGCAGAGAACUUCAGGGCUCUCUGCACCGGCGAGAAAGGCUUCGGGCUUCGGGACUCCAUCUUCCACAGAGUCAUACCGGACUUUAUGUGUCAGGGCGGUGACAUCACCAACAGUGAUGGCACAGGAGGGAAAUCCAUCUUCGGCAGCAAGUUUGAGGACGAGAACUUUGAUGUUCGGCACACAGGCCCGGGCAUAUUGUCGAUGGCCAAUCGUGGGCGCGACACCAACAACUCACAAUUCUUUAUCACCCUGAAGAAAGCCGAACACCUGGACUUCAAACACGUGGCUUUCGGCUGGGUUCGGGAUGGCAUGGAUGUUGUGCAACAGAUGGGUGCGCUCGGCACAAAGGCAGGUACGCCCACGAAGAAGCUGGUCAUUACGGACUGUGGACAGCUGUAGCUUUUUAAAAGUCAGAUCAAGAUUCGCAGCUAUUAUAGCUUCAGGCUAUUAUGUUAAUGGUCAAAAAAGACUUUGGAUAAUGAUGUGUUCCCUGUGCAUACCCUCCUGCUAAAACUGAAUCCAUAGUCAUUAGGCAUAUGAGAAUUAAACACUGAUCACAGGGCUACUGGUCAACACACUUCAUAGAAACUUGGCUCCAGUAGCGUGGAAUUAGAAAUUAUUUUGCUAUCCUAUAACAUAAUCACAGAUGGGAAACUGUUGUAUCUGGGAGGAGCAAAUAUAGUAAACUUUUGCUCUGUUGCACUCGCAUCUUUAUUAUCAUCUGUCAGUAAAUUCUGAUCAUUUGUUUAUUUUGUGUGUAUAAUUGUACAUGGACAACUUUUUUAAUGUCUUUUUGUUCUAUUGUCUUGCAUGUGCUCAAUUUGAAUGUGCUGGUUCUUCUUUAUAAGCUCCACUCGGGUAUUUUUUCCCUUUUUGACUAAGUCUUAACUAUAAUUUAAAGGUGAGGUUGUUUUUUUGAAAGCACCUAUUGGUUUGUAACUGUUUCCCUGGCCUUCUUUCCAAACGCUGCCUCUGUGUAUCUCCUCCUGUAGGGCUUCCCCAGUGAUUUUUCUUUUGUGUAAAUGGAUUUCAUAAUGUGCAGAUAAUUGGACUUCACACUUGCCCACACAAACAUGAGUCAUCUCACUAUGGUACCCCGUGGACGGAGGGUGGCGAGAUGAUGACACUGCAUCUGGUUUGGAUUUUACAAAGGUGUUUUGUUAUAGUUUGAGAUAAUCACAAGGUUGAAAUGGUGCUUGUUGUACCAAAAUAAUAUGCUAAUAAAGGAGAAAUAAAGUUGCUUUACAAGGAA